AUGAUUGAAUUACAAGAUACUAUAUAUACCCAAGACAAUAAUAAAAUUGAUAAUAAUGAAGAGUAUCAUCACAAUCAUCAUAUAAAUGGGAAUCGUAGAUUUAGAGAUGUUCAAAGAAGACCUUCCUUAUUAUUUGAUAGUUACGAAGAUAAUGUUAUAUUACCGGGAAUAAAGCAAUUAUCUCUUCAAGAUCGUUAUAAUUCGAAUCAAUCGAUUAAUAAAGAACAAGAAAAUGCUGAGGAGGAAAAAAAACUCGCAGAGUUUAUUAAUCAAAAAGAAAUAUUUGCCUCAACUCAUAAGAAAAAUCUUGAACAUGAAAAUAUUAAUAAUUCAAAGCCAUUGAAAGUACAAUCAGAUAAAUCAAAAUUAUCAAUUGAUGAUCUUGAUAUGAUAUCCUUAAAAACUUCUUUUGAUAAACAGAUGCUAUUAGGCUCACCGAUGUAUACUUUCCAACCAAACCCAAAUACUAUUUUACCCUCUUCAGGCAACGGAUCUUCAGAUAUGUCGUCAUCAACCCCAAAUGAAUCUCUAAUUAACUUAUCCACAUCGACCGUAUCUUCUGCAGAUAAUAAUGCAGCCUUCCAAAUGGAUGAUGACCCCGUAUUUAGAGAAAUGCUGAAAAAUAAAUUUAAAAAAAAUAAUAGUUUAGAUAUAAACCCAUUUGAGAAAAUAGCACUUUUGAGAAAUAAAUACAUCAUCAAUUCUUUACAAGACUCGGAAGAUAAUAUUAAAUAUGAUAUCGAUAAUUGGUUUAUGUAUCCAAAACCUUUACCAAAGUUUUGGAAAUUUGAAAAGGAUAAGAGAUUCCAAGAUCUCAAUUUGAAAAAGGCUCUAUUUCAUAAACAACAAUUUGAUGAUGAUUCUAAUUAUGAUCUAGCUAAGAUACCUUCAGACAAUAGUUCUGUAGAUGGAUAUACCAAUGUCGUAAAUGACGAUUCACAAUGGAAUUUGAUUAAAACAACAAGUGGGACUUUGAUAGAUAACAUAGAUAAAGGGUUCUAUUUACCAUCAAAAUAUGAUGACGGAAACCAAUUUUUUGAAUCCACAUCUUACGGUGCCAAGUUUCAAAAACACAAAUUAUUUGGUUCAAAGCAUUAUACUGGUGAAUAUUUCGAUUUAGAUCAUUAUAAUGACAGAUUGAGAUAUCAUAAUAUAGCAUUGGAAACAAAUUCGAAGUUAAAACAAAAGAUUAAAUUGAAAAAAUCAAUAUUACAAAUUCCAACUUUUAAUGACUUUAAGAAAGAUUUUAGAUAUAUAAUUGAAAUGAUUCAAUCUCAUGACAUUAACUCUAUUGCCGAAAGAAGGUUGACAUAUUUAUUAGAUAAAUUUGAAUUAUUUCAACAUUUAAACGUUAAGUCAGAAAUUCUUCAAAAUAAACAAGUUCCUUAUCGAGACUUUUAUAAUACAAGAAAAGUGGAUAGAAAUCUAUUAUUAUCGGGAUGUAUUUCACAAAAACAAUUAAAUGAAUUCAUUUGGGAUAAGCUAAACAGUGAACCUAAUAGAAUUGUCUUUAAAAAUAACUUUAAUGAACAAUUUACCUUACAGGAAAUAUUUAGUAUUGGCUGUAAAGAAAAUGAAAAUCCAUUAUCCUUAGGUUUGAAAAUUAUCGAUGAUUAUUUUUUGGAAUGGUAUAGAGACGUUUAUCUUUUAACACUUCAUUUAUUUUCCAAUACAAAUUUCAAUAUUAGUCAUUUGUCUAAACGAUUCAAGCCACUUCAUAUAAGAUACCUCUUAUUGACUCAUAUAUUCCUAGAAUUUGAUAAUUUUAUGGAAGGAGAAUAUCUAGCUGAAUUAUUUAUUAAAAAUGUCAUCCAUAUUUUAGAGAAAAACAAGUAUCAUUUGGCACAAAUUUCUGUAGAUUUUCAAUUUUAUGAAAACAAAGAAAUGAUUAAUGAGCUCGAUGAUAAAAAAUUUAUUAAUCAUGAAAAUAAUUGGUGGACAAAAUUCUCUCAUUGGGUAUUAAGAUGGAAUUUAGUUUCUUAUAACAUCCGUUGGAAUGUUCAAUUAUCAAGAAACUACACUAAGUUAUUCAAGAAAAAGCUUGUUAACAACUUUCGAGACUAUUUAAAUUUAAUCUUCAAGCCAUUAUUUUCUGAAAAGAACAUAAAUGAUACUAAACUUCAGUUCUUUUUAAGUACAGUUUGUUCAAUUGAUUUGUUGGUUGAACAUUCAGAUGAUUAUAUUUGGAAGGAUUUUACUAGUUCGGAUGUAAAACCAAAAGAUUGGGUAGCGAAUGGUGAUAACCCUCCAAUUGCAUAUUAUAUGUACUAUGUAUACGAGAAUUUGGCAAGAUUAAACCUACAGCGUUACUCCAGAUUUCAGAAUAAUAUUGAAUUAAGAAGUGGUUCUUCUUCUUUAAAUAAUAGAACAUCCCAAUUUGGUGAAGAUUUAUAUUUUUCAGAUCAUGUGGAAGCACUAGCUUGUAAUAUCUUACUAUGUAAUGGUGGUAUGCUAAAAGCACAUCCGGUUUGGAAUGCUCCUCCAUCAAUACAAUACUUAUAUUAUUUGUUACAGAUACCAUUGGUUGCCUCCCCGUUAUCUUCGGUCUCCUUAAAAUACAAUCAACCACUGCGUUUAGAAGAUAAUUAUUUAUAUUCCAAUAUGGAAGAUCUUAAUGAAGUAGGGGUUGAAAAUGAGAAUUUUGAAGCUAUAGAAAGUAGUUUGACCUAUUCCCCAAAAAUGAAAAGUAGAGGUUAUAAGGACUCUGCUACAAGAGACAUUACGUCUACUGAACAAAGUUCUUAUAGCAAAAACCCUUUCAUGAAAAUGUUUCAAAUUGGUAUGCAAGUUGGCUUGUCUUGUAAAUCAGUAUUAGACAAUAGUUCAUAUACUCAAGAACCAAUAAUGGAAGAGUAUAGUGUUGCAGCAAGUAUAUACUUGUUAAAUGCAGCAGAUUUAUGUGAGUUAUCGAGAACAAGUGUAAUUUGUAGUGGCUUUGAUGGUUGGUAUAAAAGACAUUGGAUUGGCGUUUCAAUUAAUAGUACAAGGUUUUUGGACCAAACUGUUGGUACAGAUCAUUGGUAUGAUGUUGAACAAGAUACAUCAGUUAGACAUAAUGUUCCGAAAAUUAGGCGAACAUACAGAACAGAUACAUUUAAUCAAGAAUGGAAUUUUGUUAAAGAAGCCUUUUAA